CUUCUCUUCCCUCUAUAAGAGUUCCCGACGCUCCAGUAACUUCUCAUUAGUGAGCUCUCAUAAAAUCACCCUGAAUUCACUUGGACGGAGCAAGUUCCCUCUGGACAAGAUGAAAUUUGAAGGCAAAAUCAGGCGACUCCUUGUAGAUGAGUUUCAGAAAAAGAGGGCCACAUAUAUCUGCGCCUGCACAGUGAGGGCCACUCCAACGUCCAGAAUCAAGGAUUUUUGCCAGCAGAUGGCAGUCUCUCCCUCUUUGGCUUCUGCAGUGUCAGACCUGUGGAAAGAGAGUGCUGUGCACGGCCACACACCUUUGAACUGGUAGAGACUAACACCCUGCUGCAAAAAGAUAGCCAAACCUUGAAAUGCUGGUUCUCAGUAGACACAUGAGAGGAGAGGACUGACUGGAUGGAGAAACUGAAUCAAACCUUAUUGGACUCUCAGACCUGGAACAGGAAACCUGUCACCAAUGACAACCGGGCGAGCACAUCCUCUACCUCCGGGACCUUUCGUGAGAACAUCCCAUAAUACUGCACCGGAAUGAAGCCUUAACAUGAAAAAAUAAGUAGGGAGCUCUCUGAGAAGAGAUCAUAACUGGCACUUUGUAAAGAACAUUCAGGCAGCCUCGAGUGCUCCUUUAUUCUCUGUGGUUUUCACAAUCCAGGGAGAGAUUAUACAAGAGUAUGCAUCAGUCAGUGAAGAGAGGACAACACUGUUCAAGCACGACAAGAGAAACGGCACCCAUCUUUGGCAGAAUGCGACAACCUCAGAGGUCCAUAAUGUUCGAAUGGAGGAGUCAUCUGUCGGCAUGAUCAGGAGAAAGAGGGAUUGGAUGAUUCCACCCAUUAGUAUUCCAGAAAAUAAUAAAGGCCCGUUCCCAGUGGAAUUGGUGAAGAUGAAGUCCACUGCUGCCAACUCAAUGAAAAUGAUUUAUAAAAUUACAGGCGCUGGAGCCGAUCUGCCUCCCAGGGGGCUUUUCACAGUGAAUAAAUAUUCAGGCAUGUUGUCUGUGACCAAAGAACUGGACAGAGAGGAAACUCAAGAAUACAUUCUUACAACUCAUGCCUCGGCAGAAGGUCAAGACUACACUGAAACCCCCAUUAAUAUCAUUAUAAAAGUUAUUGACCAAAAUGACAACAGACCGGUCUGCACCCAGAAUCCUUUUACAGGAAACGUCCUAGAAAGGGCAAAACAAAACGUACCUGUCAUACAAGUGACAGCAGAUGAUCUUGAUGAUCCAGAAACUGAAAACAGCAUUAUACGUUAUAAACUGGUGAGACAGGAACCCAGCGGUGAGAUGUUCCACAUUGACCCUGUCAGUGGAGUCAUCAGUCUGGCCUCUGUUGGCACUUUGGACAGAGAGACGAAUCCUGUAUAUACACUGGCUGUGAAAGCAGCGGACAUGGAAGGUCAGGGUCUGUCCUCCACCUGCACAGUCGUCAUCCACGUCACUGACAGCAAUGACCACGCUCCUAGGUUCAGCCAAAAAACGUAUGCAAGUACAGUGCAAGAAAAUAAGGCAGGGGAAAUUGUUGCGAGGUUGCCCGUCACAGAUAGAGACGAACCUUUAAGUGUUAACGCGGUGACGAAGUUCACCAUCAUCAAGGGCAACGAGGAAGGAUUCUUUAACAUCAGCACUGGUCCCGACAAGAUGCAGGGAAUCAUCACAACCACAAAAGGUCUGGAUUUUGAGCAGGUCAGAAGUUUCUCUCUGGUGCUAAUGGUAGAGAACGAGGUUCCAUUUGCUAUUCCUCUGUCCACCUCCACUGCCACCGUAACCAUCUCAGUGCUGGACGUAAAUGAGUCACCCAUUUUUGAGCAGGCAGGGAAACAGGUCUCCGUAUUUGAGGACCUCCCAGUGGGCAGCAGCAUCACCAAAUACACCGCCAAGGACCCAGAUACUGAAAGACAGCAGAGAAUAAGUUAUAAGUUGCAGAAAGACUUUGCUAACUGGCUGGACAUCACAGAGGACACUGGACACGUUACAGUCAGGAGCUCAUUGGACAGGGAGUCCUCGUUCGUUAGAGAUGGACAGUACAUGGUCUUAAUAGUGGCUUAUGACAAUGAUAAUGAGCCAACCACAGGAACAGCCACAUUGGUGAUUGAGCUGAUGGAUGUUAAUGACAACGCUCCAGUACUGGAGCAGCACAGACUCCAGAUGUGUUCUACAGAACCGAAGCCUGUCCUUCUGACCAUCACAGACCCAGAUGGGCCAGAAUAUGGCGCACCCUUCACUGUCGACCUUCAUAAAGAAUAUCAAGUUAACUGGACCAUCAUCAGCAACUCCAGCAGCAGUGCGGUGUGGUUGAGUCCUCACAGAUAUCUGGCUGCUGGCGAGUACCAGCUGUUGUUGCGUGUGUACGACUCACAGAUGUUAUUUCAGGACAGCUCGCUCGUGGUGGAGGUGUGUGACUGUAAAGGUGAUGACGUUACCUGCAUCAGUGGCAUCCAAGCUGCUUCCAUCUCCACCCUCUUCAUCUAUGUUUUAGCUGCCAUCUUUUGCCUUCUCGUGCUGCUGCUGUUGCUUCUCCUUCUGAAGAGGAAAAGUGGCGGAAAGCGGGAGCACUUUAUCCACCAAGAACAAGACAGGGGCAAUAUUUUAUGUUACAAUGAGGAAGGAGGAGAAGAAGACCAGGACUAUGAUAUGAGCCUGUUGCAUAGGGGACCAGAGGUGUUCUGUACAGACAUUGCCCCGAUGGCCUUGCCUAUGGUCUUCUAUCGGCAACAUCGAAAGGAGAACGAAGAUAUUGUAAACUUCAUUUAUGAUAAUCUGUGCACUGCAGAUGAUGAGCACUAUGUGGCGCCGUAUGACUCAGUGCUGGUGUUUGGUUAUGAGGGAGAGGGCUCUGAUGCUGGUUCUCUCAGCUCUCUGCAGUCGUCCAGCAAUGAUGGGGAUCAGGAUUAUAAACAGCUGCAGCACUGGGGGCCUCCGUUCAAAAGACUGGCUGACAUGUAUGCAGGAGAAGAAGAGGACUGAUACAUGCUCUGAUCACAACAUUACUGGGAUGAACAGUAUGUGAACAUUCCUCUCUGGCUGUAGUUUUGGAUAUAUUAUGUUGGCUUGACAAAGUCAACAUACUGUUAUUCUACAGACAUUACGUUUUUUUUUUCCUAAAUCCCAAACAAAGACCAAAAAUAUCAUUUGUUAGUUCGCAUUGAACUUUCAAGCUACAUCCUCCAGACUUGGCACAGACUGUCAGACUGUUCUGACCUAGUUUGUUAUGUCUUUUCUAACUGAUUGGACUUGCAGUUUUUCUGUAGGGGGCAAUUAAAUAUGGGCAGACUUACACUGAUGGAAUGUUCGUGAAUUCAAACUCAUUCUGUCAAAAAUUCAAAUGUAAACAAACCCACACAAGGCAUUUAAUCUCUUUUUAAGUUGCUCUCUCUUGCUUUUUUGUCUGUCAUCUGUCUGUCUGUCUGUCUGUCUAUCUAUCAUCUGUCUGUCUAUUCUAUCUGUCUAUCUGUCUGUCUGUCUGUCUUGUCAUGGGAUUAUUCAGCCCCGGUUUGUUUUGUGUGUUUUCCCUCGUGUGUCUAUCUAUCUAUCAUCUGUCUGUCUGUCUGUAAUCUAUCUGUCUGUCUGUCUAUCUAUCUGUCUAUCGUCUGUCUGUCUGUCUGUCUAUUUAUCAUCUGUCUGUCUGUCUAUCUAUCUGUCUAUCGUCUAUCUGUCUAUCGUCUGUCUGUCUGUCUAUCUAUCUGUCUAUCGUCUGUCUGUCUGUCUGUCUGUCUUGUCAUGGGAUUAUUCAGCCCCAGUUUGUUUUGUGUGUUUUCCCUCGUGUGUCUAUCUAUCUAUCAUCUGUCUGUCUGUUUGUAAUCUAUCUGUCUGUCUGUCUAUCUAUCUGUCUAUCGUCUCUGUCUGUCUGUCUGUCUGUCUAUCAUCUGUCUGUCUAUCUAUCUAUCAUCUGUCUGUCUGUCUCUAAUCUAUCUGUCUGGCUGUCUAUCUAUCUGUCUAUCGUCUCUGUCUGUCUGUCUAUCUAUUAGGGCUGGGGAAAAAAAUCAGUUCUGUUACAAAUCACAAUUCUUGAGCCUGAUAAUUUUUUUUAUUUAAUAAAAAAAAAAUCAUGUUUAUCUUAAUACUACAAUGAUUAAUAGAUAAAUACAGGAAUCUAUAUUUGUGCAGAGUUCCACACUAACAGUUUUCUUUCUGAGGAGUUUUGUCUCUUGAAUUCUUUAUGUUUAGUCCUUUAAUGCACCUGUGCUACAGCCAUCAAAGCGCCACUUGUCCUCUGUCAGACGUCAGAUCUUCUGCUGUGAUCAAUGUUCCUGUUAUUAUGCAUAAUCCAAAAGUUUAUUUGAGAGGUGUUGUGCAGAGUAUUUUUCAGAAGUCACUCUGCAGAUUCUGUCUGACUCAGCUUUAAUAAAUAGUUUAGCUGUAAAAAGCCUUAACAAACUGUUGCAUGGCGUAAACUACAUGUCGCGCACCAGCAAUAUUUAUAAUCUAACAGCCAGGGCAUGCAUGCGCAGUGGUGGACAGCAUGACCAUGUCUCGCGGAACACAUGCAAAUGAUCAGUUCUCACUUUUUUUCCUCUGUCAGUCAUCUGGGAGCAGUUUGUAAGAAUAGUGUUGUCUAUGAGAAUGCUGCAUAGGAUCUCAGACUAUCUCAGGAUGCAUAUGCAAAUAACAUGCAAUAACAUUGGGACUACAGGUGAACUGUCAUGUGUGUCAUAAAUCAGUACAGCCCUAGAAAUGGUUCUUUAACAAUUUUACCCUUUAGCCUCCAUUUGUGUGUUGCAAAAUUAUCAUUAUGAUAAUAGUAUUAACUUAUGGUAAUAUAUGUUCUAUUUUAUAUUCUAAAAUAACCAUAUUAGUUUGAUAAGUUAAAAUGAUAUAUUGUAUAUAUUUAUUUGUUGAAUACAAAUGGACAUAAUGCAGCAUUAUACAUAGCUCAGACAACGCACUGACUAGUCAAUUGACAGUUUUAAAUUGGUAGUUUUGCACCUCCCUACGUUUCACCUGCAAAUGAUAUAUUACAGAGUGAAAACAAUUGUCAUUUCAGACACAACUUUUCUUCAGUAGACUUAUCUAUCUGAGAAAAAGGAGUUCAUUUUUUAAAUCUUUUUAAGAAGUUUUUAUAUCAAAACAUCAAAUCGCAAUACUUACCGAAUAGCAAUGCAUUACAUAUUGAAUCGGUUUGAAAAAAAUCGAAUAUCGAAAUAUCGAUUGUAGUAUCGAAACAGGAGGUGUGUGGCAUUUCCCAGCCCUACUAUCUAUAGAUGGAUGGAUGGGUGGAUGGGGAGAGAGAGAAAGAGUCUGUUCCGAAACCUAGUGAACUUUAUCCAGAGGCAAUAGGCGCAAUCCCGACUCGAAGGCUGUUCCAGAAGCUAGGUAUCUUAAAUAUGCUGCCUCCUAAGAUAUCUUGUUUUGUCCACAUUCUAAGGUAGCAUUGAACAGAUCCUUCCUUGGGUAGGUGAUCCUAGAAUGCGCCGCUCUGUGGAAAAAUAAAUCCAAGAUGGUGGACGAAGCGUGAGAAAUUUUGAUUAUAAAUAUACAAUACUUAUAAUCCAUUCAGUACUGAAAAGUAUCAAUACAUUUUUUUUUAUAUGAUAGAAAACAUAGUAUUUCGCUGAAAAUGCGAGUCGAAUGAAAAAAUAACACAAAGUAAUAGUGCUGAACUUUAUCACAAAAAUAAACAGUACUGACUGAACCAUGAAAAUGUAUUGUAAUUUUUAAAAUGAAAUAAAUAUUAAUAUAUAUGAACUAAUAUUAAAAUUUUAAAGUCAGCUGAUUUUUAAAUUGACGUUGUUUCCUUUGUCCACAAGAGGGCGCAAUAAAUACAUAAACCGUUCAGCACCGUUAUAUUAUUGCAAAGAACAUUCCUAUCCUGACUGUUAAAAAAGAGCAUUUCAUUUUCAACUAAUGUGCAUAAAAUAAAUAUGUUUUAGUCAGUCCAUAUUCUCAAAUGUUAAGUAAAAAGUAAAAUGAGGGGGGAAACGCUUCAGUAGGCAGUUCACAUGGUGUUACACUUGCACUGAUUCCUACUACUCCAGACUCAAGCUUCAUAAUAGCAGCGAAAUACCACAUUGUUUUUUUAUUCAGUACAGUUGUAUGUAGAGUAGCAAUAUUCCCAGAUAGCAAUGGUAUCCGGCUGAACUCGGUGGUGAAGCGGCUCAGACUAUGAGCAGAGGCCAGGGGCUGUUCAAUCAAAUGAAACACAACAGACUGGAACCGAAUGCGAGGAUCUCGAGACACACGUUUCCAAGUUGAACAUCUUUCCUGACAAAGCAUUUAAACAACUCAUAAUCUGAGAAACGCUUAUAAGAGUGCAAGACGCAACGGCUAAAGACCUCCACCAACUGUAAGGGGCUGUUCACACCAAACGCUUUUGCAACCAUCCAUUUGUUUUUCUAUGUAAACGCAUGCUAGACGAACGUCACUUUGUUUUUGUUUAUUCAGCGUCUCAUGCAGGAGCGCUGUAUUUUAGAUGAUGUGUCUAAUUAAAAAGAACUUUAAAAGCAUAUUGAGACACCUGCUUUCUUUUAAACUGUAUUUGUUGUGCUGUGUCUCGCCAUUUUUAGUGCAAGAAUGUGAUCGAUCUGAAGUCAUUGUAUUUUUUUAAAUUGAAAUCAGAUGCGUUUCUGAUUUGUUUGUACAUUUCUCUCGGCUGCAUGAAGAUAUUCAUUUGCUUUCUCAUAUCACUAGCUUUAAAAAUGCAACUUAGCUUGCUAACGAAUGCAUAAACGUGAGCAGCUGGAUAGAAACAAAUGCAAAUAGAUGGUAAUAGAUGGGAACAAUCGUGACAUUUAAACAUUUGGGUAGGACUUGCGUGUAUUUUUGUCACAUUGUUCUAACCACUUGAGGUUAGCUUUAACAUACUGCUGUUCUCUACCAAUGCAGCAUCUAGUCAACAAAUUAAUUACUUUAUAAUGAUAUGAUAACGUGUACUGUAGUGUACUGUAUGCAUACCUUUUCAUUGUUGAUGUUUUAAAUCUGCAUCUGAAGUGUUCUGCUCCAUGCAGAGUGUAGUCUUACGUGUCAAAACAAACACCACAAGACAUCAGUGAAGUGAGGACGCUCUCAUACUGUAUAACGGCAGCGGACCCUUCCCAGCCGCUCCAGCACCGGAUGCAACAGGGAAAAACUAUCUGUGUGGAUUUUUGCCGAUAACCGAUAGUUCCAGAAAUCUGUUAUCGGUGCCGAUUAAUCGGCAAAACCGAUAUAUCGGUCGACCUCUAAAAACAACUUCCGCUGCAGUUUCAAUGGCAGCGCCCACAGCACAAAUAUGGACUAUUUUAUUCAUCUCAAAUACUUAAUAUAAACAGACCAACCUCACCUUACAAUCAUUACUCUGGGAUAAUGAAGUAUAGAAAAUGUCAUGUCCGAUGUCAUGUUGUUUUAAUAUUUUAAACAGGAUGUAUGUGAGCAGAGUCUACAACUGUAUUAUAUUCACAAACGGGAGAUGAGCAUGCUGCAAUAGUGAAAACAAUGACAUUAAAACACUUAAACGCUGUCUCUUUGGAGUUGGGCACAAUAAUCCUCUGGGAGUAAACUGAACAGCUCGCGCAGCUCCUCGUGAACUGGGAAAACUUUGCGCUGAUAAUCGCCUCGCUCAGAUACUAUUACACAUUGUAGUGCUAGAUGGCACAUGGUGAAGUGCUGAGUUACUCCAAAGAAACGAUAAAAUGGCUGAUGUUUACCAAGUGCAUCCAAAUUGGCUAGAAAAACUACGAUCGUCCAUGGACAGAUCGAUGGAUGGAUGUUUGGAUACUCUACAAUUCGGAGCCGGAUGUGACGACACACGGACUGUGAUAAAGGCCUGUUAGGAUGCUGCCAUAGAAGACAGCUGCCUAAGUAGGCAGGAGACAGCAAGGCAGCUCACUAAGUUUUGAAACAGACCCAUAGAUAGAAUCUAUCCUAUCUGACGGUCUGCCUGACUACCUGUCUGUGUAGCUGGCUUGAUGUGAGUUUAGGGUUAGGGUUAGGGUCUGUAUAUACAUCAAACUUUUCAAACUAGUUUAAACUUUCUGACAACGCUUUGCCAAGCCAACAUCAAAGUUUGUUAUCUAGUUUGUUUCUAGAUAGUUACUUAAAAGUGAUCCACUACAAAUUACUUUUAAAGUUUGUUAAAGGUACUACUUUAUUUAUGUAUUUAUUUAUCAUCACAAAAAUAGCUUUUAAAAAUUCAAUGGUUGGAAAGAAGUUGGGAUUGACUGUCAGCAUAAUAUGAAAGUGGAAUGGACUGUCUUUCUUGUCAUUAAUGGCUCCAGCAUUACACAACCUGUGCUGUACUUUUGUUUGUAAAUCUAACAUGUGUUCUCACUUUGUGGUCAUGCAUUUUUGUUUAUGAAUAUAAUAUAGUUUGUGGAUUUUCUGUUGGCAGGUUCCUAAUUAGACAAGGAAUAACAGCUUGGUGUCUUGGCUCUGGAUUUGUAGGUUUUAAACCUAUAGCCUAUGUGUUCAAAGAGUUUGAUUACAAAUUUUAAUAGCAUUGCGCAUUAUUAUUAAAGGAACACUUCACCUAAAAUGGAAAAUUCUCUCAUCUUUUACUCACCCUCAUGCCAUCCCAGAUGUGUAUGACUUUCUUUCUUCAGCAGAACACAAACAAAGAUUCACUGCAAGUGAAUGUUGAUCAGAAUUUUGUAGCCCCAAAAAGCACAUAAAGGCAGCAUAAAAGUAAUCCAUACGACUCCAGUGGUUUAAUCCAUGUCUUCAGAAGCGAUAUAAUAGGUGUGGGUGAGAAACAGAACAAUAUUUAAGUCAUUUUUUACCAUAAAUCUCCAUUUUAACUUUCACUUUUAGAUGUGAAAGUGAAACUAAACAGGCUUCACAUGUGACUUUCAGAUGUAAAAAUGAAAGGGGAGAUUUAGAGUAAAAAAAGGAGUUAAAUUUUGAUCUGUUUCUCACCCACACCUAUUAUAUUGCUUCUGAAGACAUGGAUUUGUGUAUAAUGAUGUCUCUGGGCUAAGCCCCAGAUGUCCACUGACCCUAGAGCCACCACUGCCUUCAGCUGUCACAGAAAUGCUAACAGAUGUACAUAUUAAUGUCAUUUAUGUUUAUUCAUAAAUAAUGUUAUUUUAGAAAUAUGUUUAACCCUACUUAAAAGUAAUUGAUUUAAAAUCAGUUACUGAAAUGUAAUGUUACACUACUUUUUGACCAAAAUUGUAAUUAGAUUACAGUAAUAAUUACUUUGUGAUUGGAUUACAUCCAACACACUACAUAUGAAUGAAUUGACAGAAUGAACAGUACAUUAGGUAUAAUAUUGUAUACAAUACAGA